CUACUGAGUCAGAGUGUUGCUGUUGUUUCUCUCACCUGCUGCUGACAGCAAACCAGCAUGGCCGACUGACCGAACUCGCAGACUGAAACGGGGCCUGCCUCUCAGCUGGAGUCACAAAGAGUUGAGGCGAAAUGGCUCUCCGCAAAUCCCCCUCCUCUGCCUGUGCAGAGUCAUGGACCAAUGGUGCAACCCUUAUGCGAGUGGCCACAGCGCUCAGCGAGUCUUCGUCCAUCCACAGUGAUGCCCUGUACCAUCUCACCAAGGAUAUGUCCGGGAUGGGACUGGACCCCAUGUCCUACAGCAUCCUGGAGCCUGAACCUACAGAAGAAACCUGGGUUGAGGAGUCACAAAGUUUAUUACAGCGCAACAGCAUGCAGAUCUCCCCGACUGAGGACAAGAGCCCUGUCGUGGAUUCAACAUCAAGCCCUCAAGGCAGCGGAAAAGGCCUUUACUUCUCUGAUGGCAGACGAAAAGUUGACUAUGUUCUGGUCUUCCAUCAGCGACGGCGCAGCUCCAUACGAUCUCCCGCCAGCACCUCGGUUUCACACGACAGGUUAUCUAUCGUUUCCAAUGGCAACUUUCCCCCUGCGGCGGGAUCAGAUGCGGCGGCAGCAAGAGGCAGCAUAUCGGCACCGGACGCUGCGAGCGUCGGUGAGGUGUUCAUGGAGCUUGGAGCUGCAGGAGGGAACGAGCUAACGGAGCCGGCCGACCAUGAGAUGCGUCUAAUCAGACAGGAAUUUGAGGCCAACCUGCUGGAGGCUGGCCUGGAGAUAGAGAGAGACAGAGAGUUAAAGACCCACGGCCCCAGCUUCACUCGUCUCCACGCGCCCUGGCCGGUACUCUGUCGAGAGGCUGAGUUCCUCAAGGUUAAAGUCCCCACCAAAACGAGUUAUGAACUUAAAGAGGAAAGCGGUUUCGGGUCCAGUAUGAGCACAGUGUGGAGGAAAAUGAACCAGCCGUUCCAGCCCAAAGUACCACACCAGGACCACGAACGCACCAAAUUUCUCACACACUGCUUCUCCAGGGACAAACUCCACCUGUACAACAUCACAUCUAAAGACACAUUCUUCGACAACGCCACGAGAGGCAGAAUAGUUUACGAGAUCCUGAGACGGACUGUGUGUGUACGGACUUGUCAAACCAUAGGCAUCAGCACAUUGAUAGCCAAAGGCGUGUAUGACGCUGCCUUCCCUCUUCACGAUGGUGACUAUAAGGUCAUUGAACACCUUGAGGAGAGGAACGAUAGACAGAUUCUGCACGACGAGUGGGCCAGAUACUCGGCCUUUUACAAGUACCAGCCCAUCGAUCUCGUCAGGAAGUAUUUCGGGGAGAAGAUCGGUCUGUACUUCGCAUGGCUCGGUGUUUACACUCAGCUGCUGAUACCAGCCUCCAUAGUGGGGAUCAUCGUGUUUGGCUACGGGGUGGCAACAGUGGAUACUAAUAUACCCAGUUUGGAGAUGUGUGAUGAGCGUCUCAAUUUCACCAUGUGUCCUCUGUGUGACGGAGCCUGCGACUUCUGGCAGCUCAGCACCGCCUGCGGCACCGCCAGAGCUUCACACCUCUUUGACAACCCUGCCACCGUCUUCUUCGCCAUCUUCAUGUCUCUGUGGGCGGUGCUGUUCCUGGAGCACUGGAAGCGCCGUCAGAUCAGUUUGAGCUUCAGUUGGGAUCUGACUGGCAUCGAGGAGGACGAGGAGCAUCCGAGGCCAAAAUACGAGACCAUCCUCCUUCAGAAGAGACAGAGGAAGCAGAAAAAUAAGAAGAAGAAGAAGAAAAAGAAUGAGCCAGAUAAGCAGGAGGACGGGACAGUGACAGGGAAGGACAGAUGGAGGCAAAAACUACUGUCUGCCAUGGCUGCAGGAAUACCGGCUGCCAUAGAGAAGUUGACCUGGAAAGACCGUCUUCCUGGAUACUUCAUCAACGUUUCCUCUAUCCUCUUUAUGUUUGGCUUGACGUUUUCAGCAGUUUUCGGCGUCAUCAUCUACCGCAUCACAGUGUCGGCCCUGAUGGCGAUGAGCCCAGACCCGGAGACCAAGUCCAAUGUUAGGGUGACAGUGACGGCCACUGCGGUCAUCAUCAACCUGGUGGUCAUUCUAAUCCUUGAUGAAAUCUACGGUGCUGUGGCGCUGUGGCUGACUGAGCUAGAGAUUCCUAAAACAGAAACCAACUUUGAGGAGCGUCUCAUCCUGAAAGCCUUCCUGCUCAAGUUUAUGAAUGCAUAUGCACCCAUCUUUUAUGUGGCUUUCUUCAAGGGGCGGUUUGCUGGUCGACCUGGAAAUUACGUGUACGUCUUUAACGAUUAUCGGAUGGAAGAGUGUGCACCAGGGGGCUGCCUCAUUGAGCUGUGCAUUCAGCUCAGCAUCAUCAUGCUGGGGAAGCAGCUAAUCCAGAACAACAUCUUUGAGAUCGGCAUCCCGAAGUUGAAGAAGCUGGUGCGUGCAAUAAAGGAUAAGGGAUCUGCAGAGAAGGAGAUGGAGGAGGAGAGGCCUCCGCAGCAGUGGAACCUGGACUACGCUCUAGCUCCCUUUGAAGGCCUCACACCUGAAUACAUGGAGAUGAUCAUCCAGUUUGGUUUUGUGUCCCUUUUCGUGGCUUCGUUCCCGCUUGCUCCGCUCUUUGCUCUGCUCAACAACGUCAUUGAGAUCAGAUUGGAUGCCAAGAAGUUUGUGACGGAGCUAAGAAGGCCUGUCGCUGUACGUGCUAAGGACAUUGGUAUAUGGUACAACAUACUAAGUGGAAUGGGAAAAUUCUCAGUUAUUAUAAAUGCCUUUGUGAUCUCGUUCACCUCAGACUUCAUCCCUCGGCUCGUCUAUCAGUACAUGUUCAGUCAGACCGGCACCAUGCACGGCUUCAUUGACCACACACUCUCCUACUUCAAUGUGUCCAAUUUUAAACCUGGCACAGCACCGCAGAACUCGGACCAUGGAGAUAUCACCGUCUGCCGGUACAAAGACUACAGGGAGCCCCCCUGGUCUCCAGACGCGUACACGUUCUCCAAACAGUACUGGUGUGUCCUGGCUGCAAGACUGGCUUUCGUCAUCCUGUUCCAGAAUCUGGUGAUGUUCCUCAGCCUCAUGGUCGCCUGGGGGAUCCCCGACAUUCCCAAAACCAUUGUGGAGCAGUUCAAACGCGAGAAGAAGCUCCUGGUUGACGUCUUCUUACAGGAAGAGAAAGAAAAAUUCCAGCUCAUCCAGAGCCUUUUCUCCAAGGACACCACCCUCCACCCAGACAGCCACACUCUCCACCCAGGUCAGGGCUUGACCAUCCCGGGCCGCUUCAGUACUCUACCCUCGGGUCUGACGCAGGGCUUGGCCGGAGACGGAGGAGGACCGAGGGCGAGGUGUAGGGCCGCCAGCUUCAGCCAGUUCACCGGGAGCAUUCCCCCAUUGGCCAGAAAUGAGAAUGAGAAUUCGAGACACACGGCAGUGUGACUUGUAACACACACAUCUGUAGGGGCGCCUCAGCUGGGCCUCGGGACUGGAGAACAUGUUGCACGGGUGAUUGGGUCCAUGAGUGUCUUUGCCUGUGUCUUUUGUGUCCCGGUGUGUCUGACACAGUUGUGCUGUGAUUUAAAAAAGUCACAGCAUCACUUUGAACCAAUCUGAAUUCAUGUCUGCGCUGGUUGAAUGGUGUCUGUGUGUUGUUCCUACUUGUACCGACUGUUCACCUGGUAAAGUGUUAUAAUUUUUACUUUUUGGUAAAAAUAAAUUAUUUAGCGAGGCAGACUUGCUUCAUAGCGUAGACAAGCAAUAAUUACAGUUUUAGGCUGAACAACUGAAUAUUACAAGAACUCAAAGGAGACUGGAGAUAAAGAAAGAACUGUUAAACAAAUGGACUGAUUCAGUGAUGAACACUUAAUAGAUUGACGGACUUGGGCUCGGUACUCGGGCUUGGGGCUGUCCGAAUUUUCCUGCUUUAUGUGCUUAUGCUCUUUAUGUUUUUUUGUUUUUAACAGACUUCGUAGCGGCUACAGCAGUCCACAUUUCCUGUACUUUUCAAGACAUGGUACCGAAAACACACAUGAGCCUUCCAGAGGAGCAAUUCAUUCACUGUUUUCCAGUUAGUUUUUCUCCGUAGAAUUCAGGAAUCGUUUUCAGACUGUACUGAAACUGUAAUGUUCGUCACCACACAGCUACUGGUCAUUUGUUUCUCUGCUUUUGAUGGACGGGUGCACAUGCCAACGUGGCACACUGUU